AUAAGCUGUUUUUUCAAUACUCUCAGAAUCGAUGUUCUAACCGAUAAAUGUUCGAUUUUCUUCUGUAAAACAAAAAACUAGUUACGUUUCUAAAAGAUUUAAAGGAACUUACUUGAAGAAACAAUUCAAUAUGAAUAAGAUGUCAAGAUUUCCUUCGGAUUGCAAAGUGUAUGUUGGAGAUUUAGGAAGCAGCGCAACAAAACAGGAGUUAGAGGAUGCUUUCUUAUAUUACGGACCAUUGAGAAAUGUCUGGGUUGCUAGAAAUCCUCCAGGAUUUGCUUUUGUUGAGUUUGAUGAUGCUAGAGAUGCAGAAGAUGCUAUUAGAGGCCUGGAUGGUCGUACCAUAUGCGGAAGACGUGUUCGAGUGGAGCCAUCGAAUGGCAAAAGGUUAAGAGAUAGGGGCUCAUCACGAAGAGGUGUAGCAAGACCAUUCCAUCCCGAAGACAAAUGUUAUGAAUGUGGUGAAAGGGGUCAUUACGCAAGGGAUUGUCCUCGACACAGAAGUUCUCGUAGAAAACGGUCUUACUCAAGGUCUCGAUCACGGUCACGUUCCCAAUCUCGAUCACGCUCACGUUCACGCUCACGUUCAAGAUCUCGAAGCAAACGUUCAAGGACACGUUCGUCUUCUCGCAGUCGAUCCCGGAGCAAGAAUGGCCACGCUAAAGACAAAUUUCGUAAUAAGAGGAAGUCAAAUUCUAAGGAUCGUAGCCCACGACGAUCUAAGUCUAGAACAGCAUCUAGAUCACGGAGUAGAUAGAUAUGUGGACGCGGGUUAAAGAAGUUGAAGACCUACUUCCUUGAAAUAACCGCGAUUACACUUAGAUUAUGUAAAAAGCAAUUAAUACAUAUACUUUACUCUUUUACUAUAUAUUAAGUAUGUAUUUUCUUGUUCUUGAAAUAAUUAUAAGAUCGUAUAGGAAACAUAAUUUUUUACUAAACCAAAAUGAAAUAUAAAGUUACUUUCAAGGCAUGUGUACUAUUAAUUAUUGCAUACUUAUCGGUAAAGGUCGGGAAAAAAGAAUAAAUUUUCUUCAUACACACAAAUAUUAAAAGAAAAGUUAUUAUUUUUAAUAUUCAAUGAAAC